AUGAACGGUAAAGAGCUAUCGCCGAAAUCCAAAGAGGAUCAGACGUUGGUCAAGGUGAAAAAAGAGAUAGGUGCUCGAGUGGCAAUUGGUAACAAGACAAUUUCAGCAAUGUCAGCGAGCGGUGUUUCCGCAGCGCAACAAGUGACGCCUCAGAGAUUGUCCAAUCUAUUGUUAUCAAGGGGACCGCUGGCGAUCAGAUUCAUCACACAGGCGCUGGCGUCGGAAAUAGCAGGGUUCAAGGAUUUGUCAGCGUCGAAACAGAGACGGUUGAUUAUGAGUGCUUUGGACGCAGGCGAUUUGGAGCACUCUGUCGUAUUCGCGAAAAUAGGUUGGGGCCAGUGGUCAGCCAAAAAGGUGGAUCCAGAGACGUUUGAGCAGGAGCGUGAGACCACGAAUAUUGCCAACGCUAAGGUGAAGGAUAUGGUGUCCCAGGAAAGACGUCGGAGCAGCAGUAGCAAGAAGCACGUGGCUAAAAAAGAUCUGGGAUUGAGCCGCGUUGGCAGAACCACGUUCAUUGACGAGAAUGCGCUGGCUUCUGAAGACGAGGACGAGGGUGAAGAAGGUGACGAGGAGGGCGGUACGCUAAAUUACGACCACUUCAAGAGACGGAAGUCUAGCGUGGUAUUUGCCGAUUCGCCACCAGAAGACAUCGACCACGAGCUCAUAUCACAUGCCAUAAGACCAAUUCUAAAAAACAGCCACCGCCGAUCAUCAUCGAAGCUGCGUUCUCCGUCUGUGUCCAAACCUGGAUCUUAUCGUAGCUCAGUGGCAAGCCUGGGAUCCAAUGGAAGCGGCGACGCCGCGGAAGCGACCUUCAGGAGGCUAUCGGUCACUGAACAUCACAGCAGAAGCAUGGUUGAUCUGCAGGCUUCUACUGACAAAGACGCGGAACUGCUCCAAGGUCGCUCCAGAAGAGAACCCCGCCUUUCCUUUUCAAAAGAAUCGUCUAUACGGUCGACCCUGCUAAUACACACACAUUCCAGGACGAGUCCUCCAACUCCUUCGCAGCAGCCUCUCAAUCCGGGAAACACUGACAGACUUCCCCGUUACCAUCUGAACAACCUUUCGUCUCAAACACUUGAAGAUUUGGACCAUUCCGACACAGAUGAAGAGGACUGGGAACACAUCGGUGCUGCAUCACUAAGGAAUAGUUGUGGUCCCCCCAGUUUACAGUCACCAGACCCUGCUUCAGCCGGCCCUGUGUCAACUGUGACUCAAUCCACACAUUUGAAGCUUAAAUCUCCUCCAAUAACACAGGGAAUCCCAGAACCUGGACCCUUUAGGAAGGAACCAGAAGAUGCGAAGGACGCUGCUUUUCUGCUGAUGAGCUUAAAGUCAUAG